AGUGGCAACUAACAUGAACGGGAUCUCAGUUGAUAUAAACCACUUGAAAAAAGGCGAAGUGUCGAUGGGUACGUCCAUCAUGGCCGUGCGGUUCAAGGACGGGGUCAUCCUAGGUGCAGACUCGCGAACCACUACCGGCUCCUAUAUCGCCAAUAGAGUCACCGAUAAAUUGACCCAAAUUCACGAUACUAUCUACUGUUGUCGGAGUGGCUCUGCCGCCGACACUCAGGCAGUCGCUGAUAUGGUGAAGUACUACUUACAGAUGUAUGCAUCGCAAUUGCCGGCUGGAGAAAAACCCACCACUGAAGUGGUGGCAAGUGUUUUUCAAGAAGUAUGUUAUAAUAACAAAGACAGCUUGACUGCUGGAAUUAUAUGUGCUGGUUACGAUGAGGAAGUGGGGGGUAGCGUGUAUUCGAUUCCAUUGGGAGGGUCGGUCCACAAACAAGAGUAUGCCAUUGCUGGAAGUGGGUCUGGGUUCGUUUAUGGGUGGUGUAACGAGAACUUCAAGAGUGAUAUGACUAAAGACGAGACAGUUGCAUUUAUCAAGACGGCGUUGAGCGAAGCAAUGAAAUGGGAUGGAUCCAGUGGAGGUGUUGUUCGUAUGGUGGUGUUGACGAAGGCUGGUGUUGAGCGGAUGAUUUUCUAUCCCCACGAAAUCAAGGUCUAGACGUGCAAAUAUAGACUAACAAGUCGGUAGAAGGGCAUAUAUGCUCAUCUUCAUAGCAAAAUAAAUAUAAUCC